UUCCGAUCAAAAUAAGGGAUCAGUUUGCACAAUUCCACUUGCAAUCAAUAGUACAUUUAAUUAGCUCUCGGUUGAUCCCUUCUCAUCAUCGAAAUAACAUUAUUAAUAUAAAAAAAGUUAAAGUGUUUCUCGGGAAUCGGUCGAGAUUAGAGAAUUCCUCAUACAUUUUAGUCAACAAAAAGUGACUUUUUUCUUCACUGAAAAAGAGGUUAUACCAUCCCUCCCCUAUGACGGAGAGUGCGUGAUUUUAUCAAGCGAUAUGGCUCAGGCUUUCCGGCAAGUUUUCCCGCUGAUUCGCAAGGAUACCGUUCAGUGGUUCCCGGGGCACAUGGGUAAAGGAUUGAGGCAGAUGCAGCAGAAACUCAAAUCCGUGGACUGUGUCAUUGAGAUUCACGACGCAAGGAUUCCCUUCUCAGGCCGCAAUGAGGAUUUCCGGUACACAAUUCGUGGUGUAAAGCCCCACAUCCUGGUGCUGAAUAAGAAGGAUCUCAUCCCACCUGGGAGUGGCCCAAAGAUUGCGGAGAGAAUAAGAAAUUCCGACGACUGUGAGCAUGUUUUAUUUACAAAUUGCAAAGAUCAGCAGUGCGAGGGUGUCCGGAGACUCUUCCCACUGGCCAAGAAGCUCAUUGUCAACUCGAAUAGGUACCACAGAUCGGAGCUGGGUGAGUUCUGCAUAAUGAUCAUUGGUGUGCCGAAUGUGGGGAAAUCAUCGCUGGUGAAUAUUCUGCGGAAUAAGCAUUUGCACAGAAAGGCUGCAUCACCCGUGGGAGCUGUGCCAGGCAUCACAAGAACCGUUCUCAAUCGCAUAAAGAUCUCCUCUGACCCACCAAUUUUCGUCCUUGACACACCGGGGAUCCUUAAGCCAAAUGUUGGGAAUAACGAAACGGGCCUUAAAUUGGCGCUCUGUGCUUGUCUUCAGGAUCAUCUCGUGGGGCCUGUUGUGAUCGCCGACUACCUCCUUUUCCGUCUCAAUCUCGAAGGGAAUUUCAAGUAUGUGGAAUUCAUGGGAAUGGAGAAACCCUCAGACAACAUCAUUGAAGUUCUCGCUUCCGGGGCGAAACUGCUCAAUAAGUCACUGCGGAUGAAAACUGUGAUGGGAGAGAUUGUCGUUAGGCCAGACAUUGAAACAGCUGCCCAUCACAUGCUGAAAGCCUUCAGGAAAGGAGAAUUCGGUCCAGCAUUGCUGGACAAACUCUAGCCGAGAUUUUUUCUUUGUAGGAAUAAAUUUUCUUUUUUUUUUAAUUUCA